AUGCCGUCGCUUGACCUUCUCUCGCCGCCCUUUUCGAUCUGGGUUGAUGCCAUCUGCAUCAACCAAAAGGAUGACAAUGAGAAGAGCCGUCAGGUGCCGCGCAUGAUAAACGUCUACGGCGCAGCAGAGCGGGUCGUCGUCUUUUUGUAUACCAACGAGCACUGGACGUCCAGUAGUGAGCGUAUGAUGUCCUGGCAGGGGUAUAUGAUCCAGCCUAGCAACGUAUCGGACGCAAACAAGGGACUGGCUGAUUUUAUGCGGUGGUUUGGAUUUCAUCCUUGGUUCGAACGAAUCUGGACUGUACAGGAGGCGGCAUUGGCGAGAAAACCCCCCAUCCUUCUUCACACCUUGCACGGCUCAAUCGGUGCUGCAACGCUGGAAGAGAUUUACGAAUUUGCGGAAACAAGUAUGCCUCGCGGUUCAACUCCUAACUUGAAAUCUAUGAUCGACAUGAGACGAUGGGCUCAGAAUCCGAAUGACCCAGACAUUCCGAGAUUUGAUAACCCUGGUCAAAUGCUUGAGAGUGUGCUCUUUUACACCGGCGGGAGAUGGUCCUCCAUUCUCCAAGACCGUGUGUACGGAAUCUACGGCUUGCUUCAGGCCGUAAACACCAGCUUUCCCGACUUGGACCUGCCUGUUGUGGACUACAAUCGACCCGUUGGGCAGAUUUUCGCCGACAUCACAAGACUUAUCAUUGAGCACACUCAAAGAACCCGCAUCAUUACCUACGCCUGCGUCGAACGACGAUUGCCGGGGAUGCCAACCUGGAUAUCAAAUUUGCGUGUCUGUCAAUCAGGCGCGACGCAUUUUCUUCACGACAAUCCCGACGACAACCCAGAAUUAUCAGAAGACGGCCAGGCCCUGAAGAUCACAGCAGUUGUGACAGACUACUGCGAAAUUGUUCUCCCAACCGUGGACAUUUCUUUUGACCCUAGCCGGGUUGUCGAACGUAUCGAGGAUAUCGAGAAGACGUUGAUCAAACCUAUCGCCGAGCGCCGCUCGCUGGACCCAGAUGUACUGUGGCCAACAAUGCUUGGGAGUAGAGACUUCAAGGAAUUGAAACACAUCCUUCAGGAGUUUGAUCCCUCGAAAAUGCUUGAUAUUCAGCGACUACAGCGCAUCGGAUUACAUGUCAUGGGUUCGCAUUUCUUUGCUACCAAAGAUGGCUUUGUGGGAUGGUGUUCGGGCAAUACACCUUGUCAGACUGGUGACUUCAUUUGUCUGAGGAGGUCAAAUGAAACCCCGCUCCUGCUACGGGAAACCAGUGCUCCUAACACUUAUGAAGUUAUCGGGCCGCUACACACAGGGGACAAAGAGCUCAGUAACACUACCGGAAAGGUUUUCAAGCGCAUUGAACUGGUUUAG